AUGCCCCCUGGCAAGGACCUGCUCAAUGCAGCCUCGUCUGCUGUUGGCGAUCCCGCCCAGCAAAGGGGUGAUUCCCCCCUAAGGGCAGGACAAAAGGCCGCAGUCCCCCAGCCGUGCUUGUUCCGGAUGCUGGGCUCAGGAGGGAGCCCAGCUCCCUGCCAGGCCUGCUGCAGAUGUGCGCCAGGAGGCCCGGUUCCCUGGCACUGCCCCGUCUGCCCCUUCGAUCCCAGGGAUGCGACUCCUCCAGGCUGCAAUGAUGAAGGACAACCGCCUCUUCCCAGGGCUUUGGUUCCCAGCCAGCCUCCUCGACUCCUCGCACCAGCAAGCCAGCUCUCUGGGCAGGAUGGGAUUUUUGCUUCUGCAGAGCAGUCUCCGGACCCGGAGAACAGAAGGGUGUGCUGUCUACCGGGUGCAAAGAUACACGAUGUGGACCUGCGGUUGAAAAGGAUCCUAAAAGGAGCAGGUAAGAACCCCUUGAUAAUCCUUCAUGUAGGAACGAAUGACACGGCUAGGUUCUCGUUAGAGAGAAUCAAGGGAGAUUAUGCCAGGCUGGGGAAGACGCUCAAGGAGAUAGAGGCUCAGAUUAUCUUUAGUGGGAUUCUGCCUGUUCCGAGGGAAGGGCAGCAAAGGGCUGAUAGGAUUGUGAGGAUAAAGAGUUGGCUAAGGGAGUGGUGCUAUAAGGAGGGCUUUGGGAUGUAUGGCCACUGGGAGGCUUUCGGGGACAGACACCGGUUCUCGUGGGAUGGGCUUCACCUGAGUUCUCCACAUCUUUCUAAACAAGCCUCUCCUAUUUCAAACUUAGAAUUAAACGUUUGCCAGUUUACAGCCCAGGAAACAGAUGACGCGGAGUGGCCUGAAGGUGUCUACUAUGAAGGAAAAAAGGAUGGUGGCGUGGAAGAGGUGAACCUCUCCACGACCCUGGGACGUCUGCAGCGACAGCAGAUCAAGGAGCUGUGCACAAGCUUUGCACCAAUUUUCUCAGCCACUCCAGGAUGGACCGAACGGGCAUACCACUCCAUUGACACAGGUAAUGCUCACCCUAUUAGAACCCCACCCUACCGGGAGUCACCUCAUGCCCAAACUGCUAUACAAAGGGAGAUCCAGGACAUGCUACAGAUGGGUAUAAUCCGCCCCUCUAAGAGUGCAUGGGCAUCUCCAGUGGUUCUAGUUCCCAAACCAGAUGGGGAAAUACGCUUUUGCGUGGACUACCGUAAGCUAAAUGCUGUAACUCGUCCUGACAACUAUCCAAUGCCACCAGCACCCCCCACGGUUCUGGGCAUGGGGCUGGCUCAGCUAGAAGAGGAGGACAAGAAUAAACGUGACGUGAAUCUGGAGCAUCAGUAG